AUGGCUAUCAAUAAGCUGCGUCCCGCCACGCCACAGACUGUCUUGUCAGUCCUGAUCAGUACUUUGCCGCCUGACAGACAAACGUCAGCACUCUCAAUCUAUCGAUGGGUGAAAUACGCCAUCGAACCACUGACGGUCGAGUCGCUUGGCCAUGCUCUAGCUGCAUCGGCAGUUUCGGACACGUCAGUCCUGGACAUCGACUAUGACCAGCUGCUUCAAGACGUGACAAGGAUGUUUUCCGGCGCCAUCGUUGUAGAGGGUCGCAUUCUCAAGUUCUCGCACAGCUCCUUCUACGACACAAACAUACCUGAUGAGUACGGUGGCGAGAACCCACCGUCGAUUCACGGUUUCUUGGCCGAGACUUGCUUGAAGUACCUCAUGCACCAGGAAGUGCAGCAGCGAUACGCCAAGCUCUCAGUCGACAAGUACAGCGGAGAUGUCCUCAAAAAGCCCCUCGCGCUGCCCGGAGAUGACUUACUGGAAUAUGCGGUCCGAUUUUGGGCUGAACACUAUCGGCUUUGCGAAUCUUAUCAACCCACCGAGCUUGCGCUUGACUUCUUUCGAACCUCGUUGGGGCUGGAAGACGUGAUGUCUCAGCAAGUUGAAGAAGAAGAACACUCGAGAUGGUUUCAACAAGACGCUUGGUUGGCCAUCGCAGAAGCCGCGCGAAACGGUAACGAACACAUAAUGCGCCAGCUUCUGGAAAAGGUUCAGCCCCAGGAGUCGGGAUUGCAAGAUGCGAUCAUCUGGGCCACAUCCUCAUGCAACGAAGGUGCAGUGGAGGAGAUCCUGAAGAGGAUUGGCUUUCUUGAUGAGUUUAACUGGCCCGCAUGCAUCCUCUCUCGCGCCGCCGCCUCUGGUCUUGAUUCUUUGCUCUCUGCUCUCAUUAAAGCAGGCUGCAACAUCAACAAGAGGAAUGAAGACACAGAUGAAACGGCUAUCCAUACAGCUAUUGCCUGGGGACAGAAGACAGCGGUCAAACUCUUGUUGGACUCCAAAGUCGACCUGGGCGUGCGAGAUAACCUGGGGAGGACUCCCUUGUUGCUAUCUGCUGAGUUCGGUCAGCCCGAGAUUGUGCAGAUGCUUCUCGACGCAGGAGCCAGCGUCAAUGAUAAGGACGAAAGUGGUGUGUCGGUCAUCAACACGGCCGUCUCCAACGGUGAAUUUGAAGCCCUCCAGCGACUUCUAGCAGCUGGAGCAGAUCCCAAUGAUGGAGAAAAUAGCGAAGAUUCAUUUGAGCUUCAGCCCCCCCUGGUCUGCGCUGCGGAACACGGCAGGCUGCAGUGCAUCCGAGUCCUUCUAGAACAUGGAGCAGACCCCCGUGUUGAUUCCAAUAAAGGAACUCCGUUGUAUGUUCUCUGUCACCUCUCGGGCGUCGCAGAAGGCUGCCGUCUUCUUAUCGAGAGGGGUGCGGAGCCUAACCAGUUCUACACUGACAAGGAAAUGCUUCUCCGCCGGGCCAUGCGAACGGGAGACAAGGAAGUUAUCGGCCUUCUCGUCGAAAACGGUGCUCAAGUGAAUUCAUCGGACACGUGGGAAUACGCAGUCUUCAAGACGCCCUUGGCUUUUGCCGUCUUGUUAAACAGUCUCGAGAUGGUGGAGUUCCUCAUGGUAAAAGGAGCAUCCGUCAACUACGUCCCCCAAGAGGCGGAUUCUCCCCUGUACACCGCGGCUUACUACAGCAUUGAUAUCAAGAUCGCCGAGUUUCUCCUGGAACGAAAGGUAGACAUUCAUUGGCAGAAUCCCAAAGGGUGGACUGCCAUUCACGCUGCUUACGAUUCGCCCAAGUACGUGACCCUCUUUCUCGAAUCUGGCGCAGAUGUCAACAAGAUGAGCGAUAGCGGUACGGUGUUGAUGAUGUCGGCAAGGUGGGACUUCCCGGAUGUUUUGAGGUGUCUCCUUGCCCACCGUCCGUUACCAAAUCUCGACUUGAAGUUUGACUACAACCCAGAGAGCCCCAGCUACGGCGACACCGCCCUGGUGAUGGCGGUCAAGAGUGGCAGCCACGAGUGUGCGAGUCUGCUCCUCGAGGCCGGGGCGGAAGUGAAUGAUAAGCUCAAGGACGCCAGAUUCAUCCUGCAACACGCAGAUCUAGAUGACUCCGAAACAGCUUACAAGAUGAUGCGAGAUUUCCUGGACCGCGGCACAAAGGCCAAUCAUAUCGACGAAGAAAAGAACACGGCGCUCCAUGGAGUCGGUUCCGUAACUCCGGUCGAGAUACUGCAAACACUAGUUGAUCUGGGCGCCCCGGUAGACUCUCCCAACGAACACGGGUAUACGCCGUUAGGGAUCGCUGUGAAAAAGGGCAACGUCGCCGCGGCGACAUUUUUCAUCUCCAAGGGGGCUCGGGCGGAUAUUUACGACACCGGCUUUGGCAGCUUCCUGCACUUGGUCUGCCAGACACAAUACCCGAAGAGUGAAACCGCUUUUGAGAUGUGGAAGCUUCUCAUUGAUGCCGGGGCCAACCCGAGCGCCGCCGGCCCAGAACCGUCCUGUGAAUCACUGCUGCACGCAGUCAUACGGGCGCCCUUUGAUGAAUGGACGCGAGCGCAAAUCUUCCUACAUCUCAUGCGAAAUGCUAAUCCACCAGCCAAUGUCAAUGCGCCUGGCGGGCCUCAAGCAUUCCCGGUGCUUGCAGCAGCCCACGCCGGGCACCCCGACAUAUUCGAAUAUCUCAUCCGCCAUGGCGCCGACGUCGACGUCUCCGACGGGCUCGGCCGCCGCGCUGUUCACUACCUGGCCGUAUUCGAAGUGCGUAGGAAGUCUGCCAUGAGAGCGGCCCGAGUUCUUGCCAAGGCCGGCGCGGACCUGCAAGCAACAGACCGCUUUGGAAGAACUUUGCUUCAUUUCGCCGCCAGCAUGGCUGACGAGGAGCUGAUAGAGUUCAUCCUGAGGAAGCUCCCCAAGGGACACGACAUAAAUGUACGGGACAACGACGGCUGGACGCCUCUCAUGUGGGCGUGUAGAAUUCCACGGCACAACCGGUUCAUCCAAAGGCUUGUCAAAACGUGCGGAGCAGACAUCUGGCCCCGAAGUGCCGAUGGUGAAUGGUCGGCGCUAAAACUCGCAUGCUUGAGUGGGCAAGACGAAGAUGCGAAGGACUUGCUGCAGCCCCCUGCGCAUGAGAGGGAGCGUGAAGGCAAAGACGGUUCCAAGCAAGUGUGGGACUCCGGGUUCCACGACAUAGCACCAGCAACGAACGAUUCUACCGACUGGAUGUGCGAUAGCUGCUUCGCAGAAACAGUUGGGUCGCGGUACAGGUGUACUGUAUGCUUUGACUAUGAUCUGUGUUUCAAAUGCUUCGCAACUCGGAAAGACAUGCACGACGAAGACCAUGAGCUGAAGGAGUGCUCCCGAGGCGAAUUUGUUGGCCAGGAAAAUGGCGGAGUGCUCAGAGAGGGCUUGGACGCGGACAAUGAGUCGAAUCACAGUAAUGGUGACAGGGUAGGAGGGGGCGAUUCUAGUAUCCGAGUCGGUACAGAUACUGACGAAGAUGACUUCGAUUCGGAGGAUGAGUAG